AUGAGGAAUCCCACCGCAGACAUGGAGCAAAACAACCAACAACCGGCGACGAAUGGCUCAAAUGAGCCCCGCCGCAGCAACAAGUCUGUUCGGGUCGCGUUUGGCCCCGGGCUAGAUUCAACUAUUCCCGCUCGCGAAAGAUCUCCAGCUCCGCUGAGCAGCCACCAUCGUUCUUUUACCACCGUUGAGCAGAAACAGCCCUCCCUGACACCACCGGCUCGCCCCACGAGCUCCGCCGGCGAGAAUGCGGCAGCAGUGGUUGAUACGCCGCCGCGACGGCCCUCCCCACGAAGGGCAAGAACCAGUCGUCCGGCGAUGCUUAAACGGACGAGGAGUGACUAUACUAAUGGUCCGCAUCCUGUCACUUUCGACAAGUCAUCGGAUGACGAAGAAGACUUUGCCAUGCGACAUGGGUGGCAGGAGGAGUAUACCUCCAGCGAAUACCUCAAGAUCUUACAUUCGAACUUUUAUAUGUACUUCACCGAGAAACGCCACGAAACGAACGGUAUCCCCAGAGACCCCGUGGGAAGCUGGCCAAGUCAGGAUUGGCGCAUGAAAGAUCGAUUGAAGACCGUGUCGGCAGCUCUGGCCAUUUGCCUCAAUAUUGGCGUUGACCCUCCUGAUGUUGUCAAGACAAACCCUACUUCAAAGCUCGAAUGUUGGCAAAUCGGGAAGAAGUUGCAGGAGCAGUACGAAACUCUGAGUCUCAGAACAAGGUACAAGCAAUAUCUCGAUCCCUCGGUGGAUGAAACCAAGAAAUUCUGCAUUUCGUUACGUCGGAAUGCCAAGGAUGAGCGGGUUCUUCUACAUUACAACGGCCACGGAGUUCCUUUGCCAACGCAAUCGGGCGAAAUCUGGGUAUUUAACAAGAACUAUACGCAGUACAUUCCUGUGCCCCUCUACGACCUUCAAUCCUGGCUUGCUGGCCCAAGCCUGUUCGUGUUUGACGUGUCCCAUGCGGGUAACAUUGUUUCCAACUUUCAUAUGUUCGUGGAGAAGCACGAGAAGGAAAAUGCAGAGGCCAAGAAACGGGACCCUAAUGCUAUCGUACAAAACUAUGGCGAUUGCAUCCUCCUUGCAGCCUGUCAGAAAAACGAGUCGCUUCCUACAAAUCCCGACCUCCCAGCCGAUCUCUUUACCUGCUGUCUGACGACUCCGAUUGAAAUCGCUCUGCGAUUCUUCAUUCUUCAAAACCCACUCCGAACGGAUUUCUCGAUUGAUGAUUUCCGCGUCCCAGGCCGUCUCCAAGAUCGCCGCAGUCCUCUGGGUGAACUCAAUUGGAUCUUCACCGCCAUCACUGAUACUAUCGCAUGGAAUACACUUCCUCGCGCUCUUUUCAAAAAGCUUUUCCGCCAGGACCUUAUGGUUGCGGCUCUCUUCCGAAACUUUCUGCUCAGUGAGCGCAUCAUGCGCACAUACAAGUGCCACCCAAUUUCCUCACCAGAACUUCCUGAGACUCAUCAUCAUCCUCUCUGGAAGAGCUGGGAUCUGGCUGUCGAAAUGGUGCUUUCGCAAUUGCCUGCUUUGAUCGACCAGGAGGAAGGUCGUCGACAGUAUGAAUAUCAGCACUCUGCCUUUUUUGCCGAGCAGCUCACUGCAUUUGAGGUUUAUCUCUCGUCUGGCCCUACGGAGAGAACCCCCCUGAUCAACUUCCCAUUGUGCUGCAGCCAGGCCCACCGACUGCGCGCCCUAAUUUUGCUCAGCAAAUUUUUGGAUCUGGGCCCAUGGGCUGUUCAUCUUGCCCUUAGCAUCGGCAUCUUCCCUUACGUCGUUAAGCUUCUGCAAUCAGCUGCUCAGGAGUUGAAGCCUGUCAUGGUUUUCAUUUGGGCAAGAAUUAUGGCCGUUGAUCACACUGUUCAGAAUGAUCUUCUGAAAGACAACGGGAUCCACUAUUUUAUCUCUAUUCUCAACCCCUCCUCGCCUAUUCCUGUCGGAAAUGCCAGCGAGCACCGUGCUAUGUGUGCAUUCAUCGUCUCUAUUUUCUGUAAAAAUUAUCCGCAGGGCCAGAAUGUGUGUUUGUCCGGAGAGCUUUUCGACUCGUGCCUAAGACAUCUCGGAGACGUCGAGAACCCACUCCUACGCCAGUGGUCGUGUUUGUGUCUGAGCAUGCUCUGGUGCGACUUCCCUGAAGCGAAGUGGAUGGGGAUUCGUUGUUCAGCGCCUUCCAGGCUAUGUGAAUUGAACUUUGAUCCAGUCCCAGAAGUUCGUGCGGCAAUGCUUCACGCAGUCACAACAUUCCUUGGUAUCCCUGACCUGACGGACCAAGUUGCACAAAUCGAAGAGUCCUUGGCACUUUCUGUCCUACCUAUGUCAGCUGAUGGAAGUGUGCUCGUGAGAAAGGAGCUUCUGGUUUUCUUUUCAACAUUCGUCAAGCGCCAUCAGAACAAAUUCUUGGUGGCAGCAUACGAAGAAUUGCAGGAUGAGAAGCGAUCCCUUGCUCAGCGCCUUCAGAAUGAAUUCGGGUCUAAGGAGGUACACAAGGGUGACCAGGGCUCUGACUCGAAGCAACGCCAACUUUCUCGCAACACUACCUUCGGGACUAUUUGGAAGCAGGUCUUAAUUUUUUCCGUUGACCCUCAUCCCGAUAUUUCUCGAGAUGCCGGUGUAAUCGUCGACUAUAUUCACCUAGCCCUUCUGGACUCGCCGAUGUCCAAUAUUGCCGACAAAAUCAGGAUUGAGAUUCUUGAUCUCACAUAUCGCCUUUCACAGAAACUGCAAAUCCAUGAGCGCUCUGAAACGAAGAAAAUAGCACCUCCUUCGACGCCCCCAUCCUCCACCGCUACAGCUUCAAAGCAAGAAGGCUACUUAUCGCUUGGCUUCCGGCGUACAGCCAGUGUGGCUGCUUCGCUUAAAAAUCUUGCCUUUGGUGGAGCAUCAGGAGACCAGUCGUCAGAAAACUCACCUCCAGCUUCUCCCUCCAAGAGUCGCAUGCCCAUGACCCCCAGGGGCCGAGCACCUCCAGAAUGGACUCGUCCUCCCGAAGUGAAUGACCACGUCGCCCCAGCCACCGUGUACCACCAGGCUCCUACUCCAAGGUCCCGCGGCUUUGAACCUAAAGACCCUGAAGUCGCACCAAUAAUCCCACUGAAGAGCAGGUUCUUGGACUGGUCAACAGAGUAUUUCCGGGAGCCCCAGAUGAAACCCAACGAACCCGAUGAGCCUGGUAGUUCUGAUUACAAUGAACGUCUCUGGAGGCGCAGCCGCAACGAGAAAAUCAUUACGGAAACUCAACCACUGAAGAGCAAAGCAGGGACAAGCCGGUGGGACAAUUCCACUGCCCUUCUCACUAAUCGAAGUCAGCCUUUAAAAAUGUGUUUCCACCAAUUCGAAGAUCAUCUUGCUGUUGCAGAUGAUCGUGACACCAUCGCGAUUUGGGAUUGGCAAACACACAAGCAGCUGAAUCAGUUCUCGAACGGCAACCCAGUCGGGUCGAAAAUUAACGAAGUGCGGUAUAUUAACGAGGACGAUCAAGCCUUGCUGUUGACCGGCUCCUCCGACGGCGUGCUCAAGCUCUACCGCAACUACGAAUUUGACGAACGAAUCGAGGUCGUCACGGCUUUCCGGGCCUUGCCCGAGCUUCUUCCUAGCAAUCGCAAUGCCGGCCUUGUACUGGACUGGCAACAAGGCCAAGGGAAAGCCCUCGUUGCGGGAGAUGUGAAAGUGAUUCGUGUCUGGAAUGCCGCAACUGAAGUUUGCACAAAUGAUAUACCCGCACGGUCCGGUUCUUGCAUCACAUCUCUGACAUCCGACCAAGUUGCCGGCAAUAUCUUCGUGGCUGGAUUCGGUGAUGGAGCCGUUCGAGUCUUUGAUCAGCGACUGAAACCCACCACAUCUAUGGUCAAGGUCUGGCGUGAGCAUAAGCAGUGGAUCACAAAUGUGCAUAUGCAGCGUGGUGGCCUACGUGAACUCAUCUCGGGCAGCCGUAACGGCGAAAUUCGACUGUGGGAUCUCCGAAUGGACAAUCCGCUUUCUACCAUAUACGCGACUAAGGACACACUUCGAACGCUCAGCGUCCAUGAGCAUGCUCCCGUGUUCAGCAUGGGCACAAAUCGUCACGAAGUCAAAACUUACAACGUCGAUGGCACCUAUCUCUCUAGCUUUGAGCCGUACUCGAGCUUCCUUCACCACAAUCGCUCUUCACCCAUCGCCAGCGCGGCUUUUCACCCCCACCGCAUGAUGCUCGCAUGCGCCGCUUUGAAUGACAACCAUAUCAAUCUCGUGUCCUGCUAG